UGAGAGGGAGGGAGGGAUGGGAGCGCAGGAACAGGAGGAGGACAGCGCUCCUUCAGAGGGGAAGAAGCAACAAAAAAGUUCGAAAGAUGUUUAUUUCUGCGUCCUGCCAGACAAAUAUGAACCGCUGAUCGAAGAGGAGGAGGAGGAAAAAGAGACAGAGGAGGAGAGAAGGAAUAGAAAGCAGGAGAAGAAGCAAAAGAGGAAGAACAAAUACAAGAAAUACAGAAAGAACUUGAGGAAGGCGCUGAGCUUCAGUUGGCGCUGCUUGCUCGCGGGCCUGCAGAGCAUGGCGUCCACCUACUCCACACCGCUCUCUGCUGUGGCCACCGUGGCGACGGAGAUGAACCUAGCCGGCAGCAGCAAGGCAUGAUGGGAUGCAGGCGACAUUGGGACCCUUGGAUUAAAAACAUGAUACUAGUGUUUACUUUAAUCUGUGUGGAUUAGUGUUUUUAUUUUCCAUUAUUAGUGAAACACGUUCUGAGUCACACGUAUCAAAUAAAUGUUUUAUUAAACAGUCUGCGGAGCUGCUUUCCAGAUCCUCUUCAUCAGGUCAAUACGAAAAAUAAAUCCUAACAUUCAUCUUUUCCUUUUUAUUAGUUUCCUCAUUUUUAUAUUGAUUUUUUUUUACAUCUUCUGUGCAUCUUCCAUGUUUAUUCCUUUCCAUUUGGUUUCCUGAUAGAUUUAUGUUUCUUUCCACA